AUGAAAAAAAUUUACCAGGAAAUACAUAUAUUUUCAUCCAUCAGUGCCUUUUGUUUUUCAACUGCAGAGGCAAAAAGUGUGUGGAUAUAUUUGACUUUAUUAGCAACCUAUAGUUUUAACAGAUUCAUCCAAAACUAUAAUUAUGAUUUAUAUUUGUCUAUUUUCAGUCCAUUGGGUCAUUGUUCUAUCUAUAAUGGUACAAUCUGUAAGGAUGUGCUUGGUUCUAGAUAUGUCUUCCACAAUAUAACAUACACUAAUACAACAACCAGUAUUAAUGAAGGCAUUGUCCGAAGAUUGUUACAAGAAAUGAGGGAACAGGCUUUAUUUAAAUCCAUGUGUAAAGAAGAAACAGCCAAAAAGUUAAUGUGUCACUAUGCAUUUCCAGACUGUGAAAGAAAUACUCCAAACCAGUUACAAAUUUGCAAAGAAAGUUGCCUUGCUGUGAAAGAUUUAUUCUGUUACAAAGAGUGGAAUCUAAUCCUAGAGAAUAAAAAAAAUGGUGUUUACUUUCGCAACCGAGCCCAUUUUCGAUUACCAGAAUGCAAUGACUUGUCAUCAAUGUGGGAUAAUACCACCAGGUGUAUUGCUGCCAACUUGUUUGAACGAAAGAUUUCAGAAGUCUCCAGUGAUUGUUAUAAGGGCAAAGGACAAUGGUAUAAUGGUACUGUUAAUGUCACUAUGUACGGUCUACCAUGUCAAAGAUGGGAAGACCAAUCACCUCAGAAACAUGACCGUCCCCCUAGUGUAUUUUUAGAUCUUCUGAAUUCUGAGAAUUAUUGUCGUAAUCCUGGUCAAGAAGAAGAUCAACCUUGGUGUUAUACUGUCGAUGAAUCUAAACAUCAACGCUGGAAUUUCUGUGAUAUUCCAAAAUGUGAAAUGCCAUUAACAACAGUGCAAACAGAAUUAGAUAGUGAAAAUACAGAACCAGACAAAUUAAAAACAAUCAUUAUAAUAUUCAUUGUAUCAGCUGUAGCAAUAUUCAUUGUCACAUUAAUAGCUGUGAUCAGUUAUAAACUCAUAUGUGUUCAAAACAAGCUGAAAUUCAAAUAUAACUCAACACCACAAGAAGAUUUGGAAAUCAAUGUUGAAAAACUACCUCCUAAUUCAUUAUACCAUAGAAUCAAAGAUAAACCAAAGUUAAACCCUAAAUUAGAAGGACUAGAAUUUCCACGCAAUGAUGUGGUGUAUAUACGUGAUCUGGGACAAGGUGCCUUCGGUCGUGUUUUUAAAGCAAAAGCUCCUGAAUUAGUAAAAGGAGAAACAUUUACUUUUAUAGCUGUUAAAAUGUUAAAGGAAGAUGCUUCAGAAGACUUACAAGCUGAUUUUGAACGUGAAGCUUCCUUAUUGGUUGAAUUUAAUCAUCCAAACAUUGUGAAAUUAUUGGGUGUAUGUGCAGUAGGAAAACCGAUGUGUUUAUUAUUUGAGUAUAUGAGUAAAGGGGAUCUAAAUGAAUUCCUGCGUAUUUGUAGUCCUGAUCAUUUUAUCAUUAAUCCUCGUAGUCAUGACAUAUAUUCUUAUGAAUAUUCAUCUUUAGACUCUGUUAACCAGUUGAAUAUUGCUAAACAAAUUGCCAGUGGUAUGGUAUAUUUAUCUGAGAAAGGAUUUGUGCAUCGCGAUCUGGCCUCCAGAAACUGUCUUGUGGGUGAAGAUUUAAAAGUAAAAAUAUCCGACUUCGGUCUAGCAAGGACAGUUCACAGCAUAGAAUAUUAUCGUGGCAGUGAAAAUGAUGCAAUACCUAUCAGGUGGAUGCCUCCAGAGGCAAUCUUGUACAAUAAAUUUUCAGUUAAAUCAGACGUAUGGUCAUUUGGUGUAGUUCUGUGGGAAAUUUUUUCAUUUGCUAUCCAGCCUUACUAUGGAAUGACACAUGAGGAAGUGGUGAAGUUUGUGAAAGAGGGUAAAGUGUUGGGUUGUCCUGAAAACACUCCUCAACCUGUGUAUGAACUGAUGAAUUUCUGUUGGAUACGUAAACCAACUGAAAGACCAACAUUCCGCAAAUUACACAAAGCAAUUAGUUCUAUGUAUGAAGAAUAUUAUAAACAAAAACAAAUUGCCGAGGAUAUAUAAGAGAGGGUAUAAUGUAUUAAGCUAGUGACCAAUUCAACAUUGUGGUGUUGAUGAAUAGUAUGCUUCCAGUCAAACUUCCAGACCAAAAACUCACGUUCAUGGGAAUAAUUGUGUAUUUGGAUCAUUGAAUUCCUAAUGUAUUACAUGUAUCUUUAUUGUGAACUUAACAUUAUAUCAAGUAUGAGCAGUUAUGCUGUGUUGAAAUGACAUUUUGUAUUGUGUCUUAAUUUUCGUUCUGGAUCAGUGAGCUUGUUUCGAACUGCUAGCACCACAGGCUGACUUUAAAUCCAGUAUAUUUAUAUCAGUCAAUCUCUCCACAACAAAAACAAUCAAAGUUUUUCUUUCCAUAUGUAACAAAGUCACAAUCUUCACAAUAGCACAAAGGUAAAAGAAAAUUAGAAUUGAUUAAAUCAAAAAUGAUAAUAAUUUUAAAUUUCAUUGAUCAACUUAUGCCAUUACAAUGCAAUUUCCAGGAUGGUUGAUGGAUUGGAAUACUGUAGAUAGACCUACUUAAAAUGUGGCCACAAAAUCUGUUACCACUUGCAAUUCUAAAGUUUAUUAAUGGUAAUUUGCAUGUAGUAACCAUGAAACAGAAAGGUAGAUGACUUGCUUCGAUUUUGAUUGAUUAAAUGUAUCUUAAAUUUUUUAUGUGUAUCUGGGACAUUAAUAGAAUCUAUUUGCUCCAUUCCAAUUUUCGAUCAGACGUCUGUGAUUCCUGUAGUUCCAACAAAACUAAGUGUGUGAUGAGGUAAUUUGUUUUAUCAUAUAAGGACUGUUGCCAUUAGUGACUUCAUUAAACACUUAGUUUUACUCAAAGUUUUAGUGGAAUUGCAUGAACCACAGGCGUCCAGUUGAAAAUUGGAAUGGUGCAAUUUGAUGCUCUAAUACACAAAUAAAAAAAUUUGAAAACCUCUAUACAAUCACUUUGAUGUAAAUUUUUAAAGCAACUCCUCUGAAAUGAAUGAUAAAAAUGUGUUUUGCUGAGUUGAAGAUGGAACAGAAAAAGUAAUAGUCAAGCCUUUAUAAAGAAAUUGCAAAAUAGUAAUAAGUUAUAAAAGAUUUAGGCUAGAAGAAUGAACGAUUUAAAGGGACCAAGCUUUAUAUCAGGUUUAUGUUUAUGUUUGGGUCACUGUUAAGAUCUGAAAAAUCCUGUAAUCUGUUAUCCAUAAAUCAUUUACAUUUCCAUAUUUUCACUAAUUAAUACUAUAUCACAUAGCCAAUCUUUAUUCUUUAUCAAGGCAAAAUAUAUCUUAUCAAGUAGAUAUAGGUUUUUCUAAAUUGCAAGAAAGAUUAAUGCUGAGCAUGAUACACCAAUCAUAUUUUGUGACUUUGCCAAUACAUGUACUAGAAAUAAAUGUUAUUUUCACUUUUGUCUCAAAAUUUUGUCACAUAACAGAGAUUUGUUACCUGUUUGUUAUUUGUUUGAGAUAAUAAAACAAGAGCCUUGCUAUAU